AAAUUUUCCGUCCCUUCCUAAACUUCAUCCCUGAAACUCCCGCAAAAAACCAGAGAGAAAGAAAGAUCUAACAAAAGAAAGGUCUAACAGCUUCCAAUCAUGGCAGAGCGUGGUGGUGCUGCUGGAGAAAGAGGUGGAUUCGGUAGGGGGUUUGGUGGCCGUGGAGAUAGAGGUAGAGGUGAUAGGGGAAGAGGGGAUCGUCGAGGUGGAAGAAGAGGUGGACGACGGGAGGAAGAAGAGAAAUGGGUACCAGUAACUAAACUAGGUCGUCUCGUGAAGGAAGGACAGAUUAGAAGCCUUGAACAGAUCUAUCUUCAUUCAUUAGCAGUUAAGGAAUAUCAGAUUGUUGAUCAACUAUUAGGGCCAGUAUUAAAAGAUGAAGUAAUGAAAAUUAUGCCUGUGCAGAAACAAACUAGAGCUGGUCAAAGGACUAGGUUUAAAGCUUUUGUUGUUGUUGGUGAUGGUAAUGGUCAUGUUGGUUUGGGUGUGAAAUGUAGUAAAGAAGUAGCUACUGCGAUUCGUGGGGGUAUUAUUCUUGCUAAGUUAUCUGUGGUUCCUGUUAGAAGAGGUUAUUGGGGUAAUAAAAUUGGCAAACCACAUACCGUUCCUUGUAAGGUUACUGGUAAAUGUGGUUCUGUUACCGUUCGUAUGGUUCCUGCUCCUCGUGGUGCUGGUAUUGUUGCUGCUAGGGUUCCUAAGAAGGUUUUGCAGUUUGCUGGAAUUGAUGAUGUUUUCACUUCUUCUCGUGGAUCCACCAAAACCCUUGGAAACUUCGUAAAGGCUACAUUUGAUUGUCUCCAAAAAACCUACGGGUUCUUGACACCCGAUUUUUGGAAGGAAACUCGCUUCACCAAAUCACCUUUCCAGGAGUACACUGAUCUAUUGGGGAAACCUACCAAGGCUAUUAUUCUUGAUGAGCCCGUUGAUGCUUAAUCUAGUAAGAAGAGUGAUUUCAGGAUAGUAUUUAGCUUAUUUGCUGGACAUAUGGUUUUGGAACUAAAGCCAGUCAAUCUUGAACUGGGUUGGAUGUAGUUUUGGAAUAUGAUAUUUCUUUAUUUUUAUAUGGAGUCCUGUUGAGCCAUCUUUCUAGAUUAGUUUAUGAAUCUAGAGUUUUGAACAUAUUAAUGGUUGAAAAUUUGAAUGGUUAAAUGGCUAAUUGGAAUUUACAGUUGAGUACGAGAAUUGUCAUUGGAAAUAGAAUUUUGUGCUGUGGUAUUUGUUUUUA